GAACGUCGUGUCAAACGUUUCUUCACGGACAGUUAUAAAAUUAGCCUGAGACAGCCUGUAUAUGCCCAGAAUGUUAUUUACAAAUUCCUCCUUAGAAGGGGCGCACUCGACUCUCCCUAGUGGGCGACGUCGAGAAGACAGUCUGUAUCGACCAAGCGUGCAAUUGCAGAGCAUUCCUCAAUUUUUACGCGAUCCUUUAAAUCAGUUGUAGCAUUCUUCGCUUAUGGUCCAACGUGUUAUUUUAACGUUAUGUUCUGGUUAAGCAUAUCAGUUGGUACUAGUAUACAGAUAUAGAUACAGGCCAAGGCGAGUGCAGUUUAUUAGACAGCAAGCCGACUUGCUUUAGCUUGUUGUAUCGAAUCGGCGAAAUCUCUCGGUCGCUAGCAAUAUUUCAGGCCUGGGGUUUGAUGGACCACUCACGGCUGAGUCAAGGUGAGGACGUCAUCAUGGUUCCUGAGUGAGAAGUGACAGAUUGCCCUGGAUGUUUGGUGGACCUUACCUCAGUUUCAUCUUGUGCACAUCAGCCACUUUCUCCACCCUUCCUUCCCUCUCCAAUUUGCCAUGCCAUGGUUUUGUUAAAAGUGAACAACAACGUUGACCCAACAUCAACAACCACCACCGGACAGCAAACUGUCUCUAAUUCAUCGUAAGAACACCGAAAACAGCAGGCCUACAGAUGGAUUGAUGCCUGAGAGCAGUUACUGGCAGCUCUGCCCUUCUUCAAAGUCCAGCCUGCAGGGGGUGCUCAGCUCCAGCUUCCCCCCCGGCCCCGUGCCCCUGGGUCCUACAGAAAACCACCUGCCGGAGGGGGAUGCCCUGAACCGUCCGCUUGCCCCUAGCACCUCUGUUACGGACCUGUCUUUUCCCGGGCCUCCCCCUCCCCCCCCGCCACCCCCCAAACGCCACUGUCGUUCGCUGUCUGUACCAGAGGACCUUUCCCGCUGCCGGUACACCUGGCGGCCGAGCGCCUCCAAGGUCUGGACACCAGUGAACCGGCGAUGCCACGGUGGAGGGGGCGUGGGGGCGUGUCCGCUGCGUGCCCCCAGCUCCUCUCUCAAUUCCUCGCUGCACUCUUCUUCCAGUCCCACCUUUUUCAGCCUAGCCCUUUCCCCGGAUUCGCCAUUGCCGUGGAAUUUCCCGUGGGACCCGACUGACAGUGCCGGAGGAGGUGCCUGCUACUGCUUCUUCCCCUCGCCAUCUUCAUGCUCCUCCUCUCCGUCUCCGCUCCAUCCACCACCUCCACCACAGCGUCGCUUUUCCCUCUCUCCGGUGCUUAUUCGCGAAGCUGCCGCCCAGUUCCUGCCGCCACCUCCUGUGCCCCCGCAAAUCACGUCGCAUCCACCAGCGGUGCCUGCCUCGCCCUCCUCCGCCUGCAGCACUCCAUCUUCGGUGCGCCGUGCUCUUCCUCCUCAACUUCCACGGUGCCAUUCUCAGCCCUGUGACCUGCUCCUGCUCAAACCUGGCCUAAAACGCCGCAGGGACCCGGACAGACCAUGUGCACGGCCUGUGUUGGACUUUGCCAAAAUGGCACAGACCCGAAGCACAGAUCCCCUCAGUUAUAUGGAACGGGGCAGACUUGCCUGUGGGGGGGACGUCUGUAUGGGCCUUGAGCCUUUUUUUGGAGACUUCAGAGGCUCAUGUUCACCAGCCGAAGGCCUGGGCAGGACAAGUAUCGGGCCAUUGAGUGAAAGCGAUGAGGAGGAGGAGGAAGAGGAGGAGGAGGAGGAGGAGGAGGAGAGAGAGGAGGAGGACCCUGAAGAGCGUGACGGGGGACAAACGAGUGUGUUUGAAAGGGAUUGUACUGAACUAGAUAUCACCCUCAUUGAGGAGAACUGAACGUUGUCCAGGGGAUGAUCUUAUUUCCCAUCCACCCCGACGGCCAGCAUUCAGCUCUCUCUGCAUCACCUGCUACCUUACACUGGCAGGCCUCUCAGGAACCCUGUUGCCCUCUCUCUAGGCUCACAGGUGUAGAAGCCCAUUAAUGAAGACAUGCUGACUACUAUCAUAUGCAGGCAGUCAUGGACGCUGUCCCAUCAACAUUCCAGAAUCAGUUGCUGAGACAUUCUGAAGGAUGCAAAUAUUUCAGAGCUGGAGAAACCAGCAAAGGAGUUUUAUGUGUAUCGGACGUCCUCUUAAAAUUAAUCUUCAAACUGACAAAACCGAACUGGAGGCAAACAGGUCUUAAGCUUCCUGCUUCUUUUCUUUUCACGUCUUUCCUCUUGACUUGUUUUGAUAGUAAGAAUAGACUUUCAUGGAUGAUGGUUAUAAAUAUCAGUGUUUUGUUAAGUUAAAUAAAAAAGGGCAGUACGACAUAGCAGUAUUUUACUCUGCAGACCUUUAUACUUCCUGACGAAGGUCCAUCUGAUUCAACAUAAGCCUUAAGAUGCCUGUUUUUCUUCCUCUUUAUCAAAAGAUUCCUCAAGGAAAUGAAUUGUGUACUGUAGCUGUAGUUCUUUAUUUUCUGCAGUUUUUUUUUUUUUUUUUUUAUCUGUACAAUGCAUUCCUCUAAAAUGUAAAUGUGUAUACAUUUAUUAACGCACUGUAUUUGGGACAUUUAGAAAGAAACAAUGAAAGCAACCACUGUAUUCUGAAGGCACAUUGUUAUACUGUAUUGUACAGCGAGUAUUUGUUCAAAUAAGUUGUGUAAAGAUGGUAGCUUGAAGGUUGGAGACAGGCUAUUGCUGUCAUUUAGAAUUUUUUUUUUAUUGUACGUGUGAUAAAAAU